AUGUGCUGUGUAGUAUUGUUCUUCAAAUCCAUGUUUUAUACACCUGAUUCUGAGCCCUUCAUCGGAGUGAACUACGGGCAGGUGGCCGAUAACCUCCCGCCGCCGGAGGCGACGGCGAAGCUCCUCCGAUCUACGAGCAUCGAGAAGGUUCGACUGUACGGGGCGGAUCCGGCGAUUAUCAAGGCUCUCGCCGGCACCGGCAUCGGGAUCGUAAUCGGUGCCGCGAACGGCGAUAUCCCGGCGAUGGCUUCGGACCCGAACUUCGCGGGCAACUGGGUCGGGUCGAACGUGCUGCCCUUCUACCCGGCCAGCAAGAUCAUCGUCGUCACUGUCGGCAACGAGGUGGUGACUUUGCCGGACAAAGGCCUCGCGGCCCAGCUCCUGCCCGCUAUGCAAAAUGUCCAAAAUGCCCUCAACGCCGCAUCUUUGGGUGGUAAAAUCAAAGUCUCGACCGUUCACUCCAUGGCGGUUUUAUCUCAAUCCGAGCCUCCCUCGGGAGGAGCUUUUGGAUAUGGCGAUAUUUUGAAACCAUUGCUCGAUUUUCACAGUGCAAACGGUUCGCCAUUCAUGAUCAAUCCAUACCCGUUUUUCGCAUACCAAAGUGAUCCACGGCCCGAGACACUCUCGUUUUGUUUGUUCCAACCGAACGCUGGACGAGUGGAUUCAGGCACGGGAAUUAAGUACAUGAACAUGUUUGAUGCGCAGGUUGAUGCUGUGCACUCUGCUUUGAAAGGAAUGGGAUUUAAAGAUGUUGAGAUUGUCGUAGCCGAGACCGGGUGGCCUUACAAAGGAGACCCGAACGAGGUGGGCCCGAGUUUGGACAAUGCAAAGGCCUACAAUGGAAACUUGAUUAACCAUUUGAAGUCAAAAGUUGGCACCCCACUUAUGCCCGGUAAAUCGGUUGAUACCUACAUAUUUGCGCUCUAUGACGAGGACAUGAAACCCGGGCCCGGCUCUGAACGGGCCUUCGGGCUGUACAAGCCCGACCUUUCCAUGAUCUAUGAUGCUGGGCUCAGUGAGAGCAAGCAGCAGGUUUAUUCACUCGAUUGGACUCCCGAAAAGAAUCGAGUCGUAAGUGCAUCUCAAGACGGUAGAUUAAUCGUAUGGAAUGCUCUCACAAGCCAGAAAACUCAUGCAAUUAAGCUUCCAUGUGCAUGGGUGAUGGCAUGCGCUUUCUCUCCGAGUGGCCUAUCAGUUGCCUGUGGUGGCCUUGAUAGCAUGUGCUCGAUUUUUAACCUCAACUCUCAAACUGACAAAGAUGGGAAUUUGCCGGUAUCAAGAAUGCUAAGUGGGCAUAAAGGUUAUGUUUCGUCGUGUCAAUAUGUUCCGGAUGAAGAUACGCACUUAAUAACUGCUUCUGGUGACCAUACGUGUGUUCUGUGGGAUAUAACGACUGGUCUUCGGACGUCCGUUUUUGGAGGCGAGUUUCAGUCGGGUCAUACUGCUGAUGUUUUAAGUGUCUCGAUUAAUGGAUCCAACUCGAGAAUGUUUGUUUCUGGCUCGUGCGACUCGACUGCCCGUUUGUGGGACACUCGAGUUGCGAGUCGUGCAGUUCGUACUUUCCACGGUCACGAGGGAGAUGUUAAUACGGUAAAGUUUUUCCCGGAUGGGAAUAGAUUCGGUACCGGUUCGGAUGAUGGGACGUGCAAGCUAUUCGACAUUCGAACGGGACACCAGCUACAAGAGUACAAUCAACCGAAUAAUGAUAGUGAGGCCCAACACGUGACUUCCAUUGCAUUUUCAAUCUCUGGCCGGCUUUUAUUUGCCGCGUACACUAAUGGACGUUGCUAUGUGUGGGACACGUUAUUGGCGCAGGUGGUGUUGGAUUUGGGAUCUCUUCAAAAUUCUCAUAAUAGUCGGAUUAGCUGCCUUGGACUGUCUGCUGAUGGCAGUGCCUUGUGUACAGGAAGCUGGGAUUCGAACCUCAAGAUUUGGGCAUUUGGCGGGUACAGAAAAGUGAUAUGA